AUGGGAGCAGUUAUUCUCCCAGAUCUCGGUACCGAGAUUUUGAUUCCCGUUUGCGCCGUCAUUGGGAUCGCUUUUGCGCUUUUCCAAUGGCUUCUGGUUUCCAAGGUGAAGCUCACCGCUGGAAGAGAGACUGUUACUGAAACGCCGGGGAAGAAUGGGUACAACGAUUCACUCAUCGAGGAAGAGGAAGGUAUCAACGACCACAACGUCGUUCUCAAAUGUGCUGAAAUCCAGAACGCUAUUUCGGAAGGAUCAACCUCUUUCCUUUUCACUAUGUACAAGUAUGUGGGAAUCUUCAUGGUGGCUUUUGCCAUCUUGAUAUUCCUCUUCCUUGGCUCUGUAGAAGGGUUCAGCACAAGCCAUCAGCCUUGCACUUAUGAUGAAACUAAGAUGUGUAAGCCGGCUCUUGCCACAGCCCUUUUCAGCACCAUAUCUUUUGUGCUUGGUGGCAUCACAUCCGUUAUUUCUGGUUUCCUUGGAAUGAAAAUUGCCACCUAUGCCAAUGCAAGAACCACCCUGGAGGCAAGAAAGGGUGUUGGGAAAGCUUUCAUUACCGCAUUCAGAUCCGGUGCUGUUAUGGGAUUUCUCCUUGCUGCCAAUGGGCUUUUGGUUCUUUACAUUACCAUCAACCUGUUCAAGAUUUACUAUGGUGAUGACUGGGGUGGUCUUUUUGAGGCUAUCACUGGUUAUGGUCUUGGCGGGUCUUCUAUGGCUUUGUUUGGAAGAGUUGGUGGAGGUAUCUACACCAAGGCUGCUGAUGUUGGUGCUGAUCUUGUUGGCAAGGUUGAAAGAAACAUUCCUGAGGAUGAUCCAAGAAAUCCAGCUGUUAUUGCUGAUAACGUUGGUGAUAAUGUUGGGGAUAUUGCUGGUAUGGGAUCCGAUCUAUUUGGUUCAUAUGCAGAGGCAUCUUGUGCUGCCCUUGUUGUUGCUUCCAUCUCUUCUUUUGGGAUAAAUCACGAGUUUACUGCCAUGUUGUUCCCUCUCAUCAUCAGCUCUGUGGGCCUCCUUGUUUGUUUGCUCACCACUUUAUUUGCAACUGACUUUUUUGAGAUCAAACUUGUAAAGGAAAUUGAGCCAGCAUUGAAAAAACAGCUUGUUAUUUCAACAGUACUGAUGACUGUUGGAAUUGCAAUUGUUAGUUGGAUAGCACUCCCAUCUUCCUUCACCAUCUUCAAUUUUGGAGAGCAGAAAGCUGUCCAGAACUGGCAACUAUUCUUGUGUGUUGCUGUUGGUCUUUGGGCAGGGCUUAUCAUUGGAUUUGUUACUGAGUACUAUACCAGUAAUGCAUACAGCCCUGUGCAAGAUGUUGCUGAUUCCUGUAGGACUGGUGCUGCUACCAAUGUUAUCUUUGGCCUUGCCUUGGGAUACAAGUCUGUUAUCAUUCCAAUUUUUGCCAUUGCAAUUAGUAUUUUUGUUAGUUUCAGUUUUGCUGCCAUGUACGGUGUUGCUGUUGCUGCCCUUGGUAUGUUGAGUACUAUAGCAACAGGAUUAGCCAUUGAUGCAUACGGUCCAAUCAGUGACAAUGCCGGAGGUAUUGCCGAGAUGGCUGGAAUGAGUCACAGAAUUCGGGAGAGAACCGAUGCUCUUGAUGCUGCUGGAAACACAACUGCUGCCAUUGGAAAGGGGUUUGCUAUUGGUUCUGCCGCCCUUGUGUCUUUGGCCCUUUUUGGCGCCUUUGUGAGCCGUGCUGGUAUUACAACAGUUGAUGUCCUUACUCCCAAGGUUUUCAUCGGUCUGAUUGUGGGCGCCAUGCUCCCUUACUGGUUUUCUGCCAUGACCAUGAAGAGUGUUGGAAGUGCAGCAUUGAAGAUGGUUGAGGAAGUUCGCAGACAAUUCAACACCAUUCCUGGAUUGAUGGAGGGAACUGCCAAGCCUGACUAUGCCACAUGUGUUACCAUCUCCACCGACGCUUCCAUCAAAGAAAUGAUCCCACCUGGUGCCCUUGUUAUGCUAACACCCCUUAUUGUUGGGAUCUUUUUUGGUGUUGAAACACUAUCCGGUGUCCUUGCUGGAUCUUUGGUUUCCGGUGUACAGAUUGCCAUCUCUGCAUCCAACACUGGCGGUGCUUGGGAUAAUGCCAAGAAGUACAUUGAGGCUGGUGCCUCAGAGCAUGCAAGAAGCCUUGGUCCAAAAGGGUCAGACCCACACAAGGCAGCAGUGAUUGGCGACACCAUUGGAGACCCUUUGAAGGAUACAUCUGGACCUUCACUUAACAUCCUUAUCAAGCUGAUGGCAGUUGAGUCACUGGUGUUUGCUCCUUUCUUUGCAACCCACGGAGGCCUCCUCUUCAAGUUUUGGUAA